AUGAAAAGUGUAGUGUCCACUACGUCCAUCCUACGGUCCUUCGUCUCCUCUCACAAGGCGGAUUUCUUCAAAUGCCAUUCUAUCGACGAGUCGACGUUCGUUACCAUUCCGUACGCAUGUGCCUACUCGCACUCUGCCAAGCGCGGUGGUACUCCCCAUCUCGCAGUGGCGACGGAGCAAGGCACAGUGCACGUCAUGGACACGUCCAAGCGGCGAGACUGGGAUCCUGAACCACCACGAGUGACAUUCCAACCCCACGCCAACGGCAUCUUCGAUGUAAAGUGGUCACCAUCUGAUAACCUCCUUGCCACUGCGUCCGGAGACAAGAGCGUCCGCGUCAGUUCCCUCUCGUCUUCAGGCCGCAGUGACGACCGGACGUUGCACAUCCUCCGCGGCCACGAGAGCACCGUCAAAUGCCUUGCAUGGGACCCCACGUCGGAUGGCAAUAUUUUAUGUGCUGGGGGUCGAGAUGGCAGCAUUUGCUUGUGGGAUCUCCGGGUUGGAGAGGGUAGCAGGGAAGAUCUCGACGAAGUCUGGACAGCCAGCGAGCGCGCCCCAGUCUUGACCAUCCCAAGAGCGCACGAGGACACAAGCAAUCCAAAGCCGAAGGGGAGAAGUAGGAAGAUCACGGCGGCCGUGCCGCACAAGGGCAUCACGUCUCUCGUCUUCAGCGACGCUCAUCCAUACGGGAUUGUCAGCAGUAGCGCUUUUGACGGCAUUCUGCACCUCUGGGACGGACGCCAACCCACCAAGACCAGAAAGUCCCGUUCGACCAAGACCAAAGCCCGCCCCACGCCCCUCUACACGUCCUCCUGCGACCCGACGACGUACGGCGGGGCGCGCCGCGCCCGCGGCAUUACCACCCUCGCCUCCGGAGCCGGGCCCACCGCCCCCUACCUCUACGCGCUCAGUAUCGACUCGCGCAUCCACACCUACUCCGCCGUCGACCUCGAGCCGCUCUCCGGCCACACCUCCAGCUCAAGUGAGCCGGAGCGCGCCCUGGGGCUGGACGCGCACGGACACCAGCACGACCCGUACGCGCACACGCACGCGGGUAUGCAGACGAACUCGUUCUACGUUAAGCUCGCCGCGUCCCCGUGCGGGCGGUGGCUCGCGAGCGGGAACGCGGCGGACGGGCGUGCAUACCUGUUCGACGUCGCGAGCAGGUCGUCGGCAGCAAGGGCGCGGGGAGUCGGCGCCGGCUGGGACGAGUGGGACGGGGCCGUCGAGCUGAGAGGUCAGACGAUCGGCGAGGUCGGGGCGAUGGACUGGGCGGAGGGCAUGCUGGCGAUGUGCGGGGACGACGGGACGGUGAGAGUGUGGAGGCCGGAUGCUGAGGUGUCGCGGCGAUGCGCUGAGGCUCCUGAGGAGAUGAAGUGGGAGUGGUCUUGGGCUGCGGACGCUUGA